AUGGAGAUAUAUCAGAUGAAAGAACAUUUAAGUCGCUGCCACAGGAUUUUCCAAUGCCCACGAUGCUCUUCUCCAUACCCCACGCCCGAAUCGCUAAAAUCUCAUCAACAGAGGUCAGAGCCCUGCUCCCCUCGCGAACGACAAUUUUUUGCUAUUAACCAGGAUCUAUGGGAGCUAAUAGAAAUGUGGGCUAAAAAGCGGGCUAAACCGGGUACAAGAGAAGACCAAUGGAAAGCCCUCUUUCGCGUUGUCUUCCCAAAUGUCCCAGAAUCUCAAAUCCCCUCGCCAUUCUACACAUCUGACGACGUAUUUACGGAGGAAGAUGAGGAGGAGGAGGACUUCGACGACUCGAGCCGAGACGUAUUGUUUGACUAUCUUGAGAAGGAACUUCCCCGUCGGACUAUCAAGCAUCUUGAACUAUCCAUUCAGAACCGCUUCGAUACCGCUAACGAAAGCCACUGUCCACACCUUCAUGUCUCCCGCAACAAGCAAAACUUCAAAGAUUUUCUUGUGGCUUCGGUUGUUGAUUCCUUAAAACAAGGCUUGGAAGAUGUCAAGGCUUCGUUUAAACGCGGCGUUGAGGCAAAGCAACUAGGGGUUGAUUCCCAAUAUAGCCCGGAUCAGGUAGCUCAUGAUUCUGCGGAACAACAAGUCUUGGCCCAAAUUAAACGCCCGGAACCACUCGAGUCCUUUCUAUCAUCAGCAGAAUUUCUAGGAUGGGAUGGCUGUAGUCUCCAAACAGACCUGAGCGGCUUCGACUUCGAAGAAGUCCUUCAGCAGUGGAACGAGGAGCAGUUCAGUUACCAGCCCAACAUCAUUACUCAUUCCGACCGUUUAUCAAAGCCAUCAGAACCACCACUCCUAGCUUCUAGCACCAAUAGCCUUAUCUCCGUUACUCCGGAUUCAAGGUUGGAACCCCGUGUUCCACUGCUCGCUAUAGGCCCACACGAAGCCGUCGAGAAUCUCACAGGUCGCUAUAGACGAGCUGCGAAUUCAGCGAAGAAUGAAGAAGUAGGUCGAAUUCUUUCGACACAAGUGAUUAGCGACGCACUAGAAUUUGCAGACUUUCAAGGUAACUCCGAUGAUGUCGAUGACACUAUCUUUCUUGAUCCGGUACUACAGGGCCCUAUUGGAUAUUGAGUUGGAGGUUAGUCGAAUAAG